GGAGAUUUCAGCUGUGCGGUGUAGAAAGAGGCCAGGAUGCCAAUAAUUCGUUGCUUUUAAGCACAGUACCUGGCAGAUAACUGCGACUGAAAAACUGCCUCCAAGUGUAACAUCUUUGAUAUUGUCCCUUGGCUGAAGACGUACUAGAGUCUUCUUCAGAUCAAAGCCCAGCUGUCUCCAUAAAUGCUAGGAGCACAGAGGGUGCAAAAGCGCCGGAGUACAGGCUGCGAGGCUUGCCGCAAAAAGAAAGUAAAGUGCGGAGAAGAGAGACCCCGGUGCCGGCGAUGCACUCGACAUCAGACUGGCUGUCGAUACCCCGACCCGCUCGACGUAGACUUUCGUAACGAAAAUGACAAAGUUGCAGUGAGAGCAGCCAAUAUGUGGCGUCAAAGGGCCGCGAAUGUGGAGACAUCAAACGAGAAGUCAGUAGCUAGACCUGAAAUCGAUACCAAGUGCGUGGCACAUGCACAUGCUUACGGCGAUCUUCAUUCCGGUGGACUCCAAGCCACAGCAUUAGCUAAAUUCUAUCAGGACUUUGGCUGCAUCGCUCACAAAUCUAAACCGUGGAUGGGAUUUUUCCAGAUGUUACCUGAUCUAUAUACAAAUGCCUCCGACGCUACUUCGUUCUCGCAUGCGAUCCUAGCUGUUUCAUUGGCCAACCUUGCCCGGAAACAGGGUGUCCCAGAGGCCACGAUACUUGCUCGGACAGAGUAUUGCAAGGCUAUUAAACUGGUCGAUCAGGAACUGCGCCAGCUGGAUGGGAAACCAAGCACUAAUGUUCUAGUGUCCAUAAUAUUAAUGAGUCUUUUCGAGACUCUGAUAUCAGGCUCAAUGGAUGACAAUAACACGAGUCGAAUGACGCAUAUACAUGGGGCCAUUGCUAUGCUCCAGCAAGUAAAACCGGGGUUAUCAGAACCAGUCAUUGACGGCCGACUACUGAAUAUAAUCUAUUUCCAUAUGGUGAUCCAUUGUCUCAGAAAGAGACUACAGCCGCCGCUACCAUUGCAAAUGUGGACUAGCCAGCUCGAUCCAUCCUUGCCUGGCCCUCGACUGUUUGGCUUGAUGUACCGCUUGGGGAAAGCUCAAGCCGACAUUGACUUGGUUAUGGCACAGUCGUCUUCCGGCGAUAAUGAAGCACGAGAAAGAAUCAAUCUUUUGAUUGGGGCCAUGCAGAUGAUGGGCCAGGAAUUAAAGGAAUGGGAAGCCUCAUUGCCACCAAAUUUUAUUUUCUCUAUCAGGGAUAUUACCCCCGAAGAUCAUGCCAUGCUACAUUGGGCUGGGGCACCACGGACUAUUUAUAGCUACGAGUCCUUUUGGGUCUCUAUACCGCGGACACUAUGCUUUGCGUUGCAAACGAUGCUGAAUUGGAACUUGCUGGAAUAUAGUAAAGCGAUAUCCAAAUGGGAGCCGGGACCUGGAUCAUGGCCCGUCCACUGCGCCACGACAAGGAAUAAGAUUGUCGAAAUGAUCCAUCAUAUCUGUCAAAGUGUCGCUUUGAUGCUCAAUAUCCCGACGAACUCCAAUGAAGAAUAUGAGAUGCAGCAGGCUGAAAGUAUACGAGGGCUUAUUAUGAUGUGGCCAUUGUCUGUAGCAUCGACCGCCCUGAAUGAUUCAGAGGUGCUUGAGCAGGUUGGGCGCGAAACGGCGACUUGGUUGACCAACGUCCUGCAGCACGCCCGUGACUUGAUAGGUGUCGCAUAAUAAUAUGUUUAGUUACCUAAUAAAUAUAGUGGCUUAGAACAUUAAAGUUGGGAUAGUAUAUUUC